GAGUAUAAGACACACUUUCACGCACACACACACGCGCGCGUGCGGAGUACACACUGACGGUUGGGGACUUCACGGCUCGGACUGCGCUUCUCGCGCGCGCCUGUUUCAGUGUGUGUGUGUGUGUGUGUGUGUGUGUGUGUGUGUCGUCGCGCGCGCAGGCUGUGUGUCACUUUGGCUGUGUUGUGAAAUCAGGCUGUGUGCCUGUCCGCGCGUGCAGUUCCGGUGAGUUUGUGACAGGCGCGCGUAAGUCCCGCUCCGCUGCUGCGCGCGGAGAGGAGCGCUAAAUCACGAGCGUUCUAACCGUAACUUGGUGUGUGUGUGUGUGUGUGUGUGUGUGUGUGUGUGUGUGUGUGUAAGCCGCCCUGCGCCGGGACCACCUCUACCGACCAGAGAGCGCGAGAUUUGAAGAGUCACAGAAUUGAUGUCAGCUGAACUUCCUAACAGCAGUCCUUCACCUGCCUAACCAGCCCUGACGAGCCAAUUAAGGCCUGACCAGUUAAGAUGUUAUUCUACGCUCUCCUCCUUGUCGCUGUGGGGAAAGCAGCCUAUUCCAACAGAACUGAGGCUUUACCCACAUCCCAGUCAAGUGUGCAGUGUCAUGACUGGGGUGUGCACCAGGGUGCUUCAGUGCAUGUAUAUGAGGGUGAAUCUGGACGGAUUUCCUGCCCACUCUUCUCCUUCCCCUCCCUCUAUAACUACAAUCAAAGCUCCAGACUGACACUGCUGUGGUACAGACAAACAAACACUCACGAGCUGGAGCAGCCCAUAGACCUGCGCACACACACGUUUCUCAAACACCGCGACUCGCUGUGGAUACAACCGGCCACGGUGCAGGACAGAGGCCUGUACAUCUGUAUGCUCAGGAACACCACAUCAUGUGCGAAAGUGGGGGUGCAGCUGGAGGUCUUUGUGCGUGGUGGAGUGUGUGAUGGUACGCUCCAUCAUAAUGUCACCGUCCCAUUCCAGAAGUCCUACACGCUGCGCUGCCCCGACCUGCAGCACCUGCCCAACAUCUCUCACAAUGUCACCUGGUACCACAAAUGCAGCAGGGAUUUUUCAUUUGGUUUAGAAAGGCAGGUAAAGGGUGAUGAGGUGAAGAUCUAUAACUUGCUGAUUGGUAUGGAGGGGCCGUACACCUGCAUCGUCUCCUACAAGAACAAUGGACAUGCACUCCAGUUCACACGUACCAUCAACGUCAAGCCCGUCUCACCCAGCUGUGGAACUGAACAUCCAAGGAUUCUGAAUCCAGCAUCUGGUCAGAUCUACAUAGUUACUUUGGGGGAGGAUGUCAAUCUGUCGUGCCGGGCGUUUCUGCCCUGCAUGGAAAAUGAGGAGCAGCAGGUGUGGUGGAGCAUCGACAACAAAACAGUGGAAGAACUAGCAGACCCUCGCUACAGCUCACCUGCAAGGAGUAUUGAGCUGGAUGAUUACGGUGAUCAGACUGUGCUGAAAGUGCUGCACGUGUCUGAGUUUUUGGCGUCGGAUCUUCAGAGGGAAUUUCGCUGCUCCACCCGGAACAGCAGAGGAUUCAACACCAGCAUCGCUACCCUGCAGAAAAACGUGUAUAUCCCCUCUGUGGAGCUGGGCUGUGGUCUGGGUGUAACUCUGGCUGUAGCUGUGCUGCUGUUCGUCCUGUAUCGUGUGUAUAAACUGGAGGUUCACCUGCUGUAUCGCUCCUGGUUUGGAACUGAUGAGAGAUCUGAUGAUAAGGAGUAUGACGUGUAUAUCUCGUACGCGCGGAACGGGGAGGAGGAGGAGUUCGUCAUGACGACGCUGAGGAGGGUGCUGGAGGUAGAGCUCGGAUACUCCGUCUGCAUCUUCGACAGAGACAGUCUGCCUGGAGGGACCAUAACGGACGAGACGCUGCGGUUCGUUGGCCGCAGCCGGCGGCUGGUGAUUGUGGUGAGCGCACUCAGCGCUGUGCAGGGUACCCAGGCUCUGCUGGAGCUUCAGGCUGGGCUGGUGAUGCUGCGGGGGGGCCGCCUGAGGGUGGUGCUGAUCCAGUAUAAGCCUGUAAACAAGCAGUGCUGGGUGAAAGAGCUGCGCAGGGCGCGCGUCGCUCUCACCCUGAUCCGCUGGCAGGGAGAGAAGUCCCUCCCUCUGUCGUCUCGCUUCUGGAAGCAGCUGCAGCUGGAGCUGCCCGCCCGCAAACACACCACACACACGGACACAGAGCACACAGUCAGCCACACGGGCCACGGAGAGCGCAAACAAGCGGUCGAGAGCACGGCGCUGAUUCUGGACUCUCUGAGGAAAACUGUCAUACGGACACCUCAGAAACAGAGUGAGCAGAGCAGCAGCACUGCAGUUUAAACCAGGGCUCCUCAAACCACUUCUGCCUCAAGGCCCACCUGCUCAUCAUUAUCAGAGAGCACGAAGGGCCUCCGCAUCACAAAACUAAGACUUUUGCUUAAAAGUGUCAUUUUGGAAAUUUUCAGUACAGCUUUGUUUGGGUGCCAGGGCUCACAAGAUGUGACACAAAUCAGAGAGCAUAAAAUAUCAACAGAUGAUGCUGAAGUAAGCCUGUUUUAUACCAGACGUCGAGCAGAAUGGGGGAAUGUCAGGGCGAGUGUGUGUUUACUUCUAUAGGAAAGGUUCACUGUUUUUUCAGGGCUACUAUUUACAAAAGUGUUUCCUAAAGAAAAUGCAAAGUGACUGCACAGCGUAAGCAGUUGCUAGGCAGUUGCUAGGAAGAUGCUGAACCGUUACAAUAGUAUUUAAGGUGGUUGCAAAUGUGCUGAUAAAUUGUUGCUAGGGUGUUGCUAUGUGGUUGCUAGGGUGUUGCUAGGUGGCUACUAGGGUGUUGCUAGGUGGUUGCUGGACACCAACUUUUGCACUUUGUCAUUUAACACAGUUUGUCCGAAAGCCUUGUGUCCAAACAAAUAACUGUAUACAAGCACACCAAUCCUGAUCAGACCGAACAUUCCAGGUUUGGAAUGGUGGCGAUCUCAAAAACUGUGUUAGUGGACGAAAAUUGGGCAGAAAACUAAUAAUAAGAAGAAUAAAACGAUAAGAAUAAAUAGAGGAGGAUAGGUUCCUCGUUUCAGUCUUGGUACCUCUCAGUGUUCCUCUUGCUCUUAAGGAGUUUCUCCUGCCACUGUCUCCUUCGGGGACGCUCGUAGGGGCUCAGACCUGGGUUUGCCAUAAAACUGUGGCAGCACCUCUUGAAAAAAGUAGAAUAUAAAUAUAUUUGACUUUGUUUAUAUGGUAGAUAACAAUAAUGUGAAUGGUUAUUAUUAUUAUUACAAUUAUUAUUAUUGAUUAUUAUCAUUAUUAUUACAAUAAUCUAAAUAAUGAAAACAUUUCAGGUUUCUUUUUUGUCGUUUAGUCAGCUUAAGAUAGAGUGCAAUCAUUGGCCCACUACAGACCACGGGCCCUCCUCAGGACCACCAAGGGAUGUUCAGCAGCCCAUUCAGGUCCAUGGCUCAGUGGCUGAGAAGCCCUGCUUUAAACUGAAUGGUUUUCACAGGUGGGAGCUCCCGGGCUCGGCCCCAGAACCAUCACCAUCUCAGUACAGACAGUAUUGGACUGAUGUCACACUGAUCACGGCUGCCACAUCAAUAUUCCAUACUGUAAAAAGUAUCCUGUUCUAGAUCAUGUAACAGAAAAAACGCACUUCCAUCACAUCAUUUACCUUCGUUUGUCAUGCAGCAUUUUAAUACAUCAAACUGUUCAGCAGUGCAUUGACGCAAUACAACGUCAGAAAGCUUGAAAUUACAACCCCACAAACCGUUUUAUGAUCCGUUAUUCACAUCUUAUUUACAGCAUCUGCACCGAAUGAGCGAACACCAGCAAAUCUGUGUGCCCUCACCUUCAGAGCCUCACCGCCUCCACAGAAACACCAUCAUCCAAAACGUAGUCCGAUAACACGGCAAGAGUCAGAGAUCAGAUUAGAGAUCUCCGAGUCAGGAGGAAACAAGCUCCUCCCCGCUAGACACUGUUACCCUUUUUUUAAAAACUUGAGAGUUUUCUUUCAAACGAGGCCGGGAUCCUGACUGUAGCCCGCAGUAUGUGGGAACAGCGCACCCUUUUACCUUGGGUGUGCUGUUUCAUGCUAAAACUGGGCCACAGAUAAAAGGUCAACCCAUUUGUUUCCAUCCUAAACUUCAGAGUGAAAUAACAGCGCCGCUGUAAUAUGCAGGGUUCGAAUACAAGCUGAUUCCUUUGAGUAAAAAUCAAUUAAAAACUACAGAAAGAAUAUUCUUAAUUCCCAUAAAUCAUUAGGACAGCUCAACGCCGUCGAACUGCCUUGUCUUAUCUUGACCUCAUCAGAUUUUCAUUUAGGAGUAAAGAUGGGAAGUUUCUGGAAUAUGGUAACUAAAUAUUGCCUGAAUUACCACUGUACCAAAAAAAAAAGAUAAAAUUGAGAAAUUUGGGUAAAAAUACUGUUUCAGUGACAUCAAUUAUUAUUAUUAAUAAUUAACUCAGAUUUACUUA